UGGAUACAAACAGUGGGAGUCCUCCUCAAGGUGGAGAGCCUGCAAUGGAUGCAGGAGAUUGGAGGUGCCAAUUGCAGGUGGAUUCGCGGCAAAGAAUUGUCAUUAAGAUAAUGGAUACAUUGAAGAGGCAUAUUCCUUACUCUAGUGAAGAUGAACUCAAGAAAAUUGCUGUUAGGUUUGAGGAAAAGAUUUAUGUGGCUGCCACAAGUCAGUCAGAUUAUCUACGGAAAAUUUCUCUAAAGAUGCUCACUAUGGACACCAAGUCUCAGAACACAAUGGCAAAUUCUUUACAAUCCAACUAUGCUGGGUCUUCUGGUAUACAACUCCUAUCAGAGAACAUUCAGAAUAACAUUCCACCUGCUGGGUUUGCCUAAUAAGCCACUGGAGUUGCCUAUAUUUCCAUUGGUUCUGGGGAGGAAGCUCGUUGGUGGAAGCGACAUUGGAGGGAUAAAAGAGACGCAGGAGAUGCUUGACUUUUGUGCCAAACACAAUAUUACCUCCGAAAUCGAGCUAAUUAAAAUGGACUACAUUAACACAGCUAUGGAGCGACUUGCCAAAUCAGAUGUCAGGUAUCGGUUUGUGAUCGAUGUGGGGAACUCCUUGUCUCACUAGACUUGGCUUUCAUGCCUCAGCUGCUACCUGCACAUGCUUGAUUUGAGACUGAACUGCAUUAAAUAAGCAAGUGUUUAAUUAUGGUCUGUAAUAUGGGAGUUUCUGGGGGAGUUUCUUUACAGGCUUAAGAUAAUGAAGGCCAAGGAGUUCGGUUUGCCUUGGAGAUUCCGGAGGAAGAUAGUUUUCUUUGUUUCCAAUGAAUGUUGUUAUAGGAGAACGUUUUGGCAAGACUUUGUCUUCUGAUUUUGUGUUAUGUAUUUGCUACUUUAGCUAUACUAAAGCUGUAAACAGAGUUGCUAA